AUGCGUAAGUUAUUCUCUUUCAUCUCAGCGGCGGCAGCAGCAGCAGUGCUCGCGCUGCUGUGUAUGGUGGCCGCCAUGGGCGGCGUCAACGCAGCGCCGUCCAUGCUGGUGGACUCCAACCUGGAGCGGUGGAGCUCCCUGAACUCGACCUAUAUUGGAACAACCUGCUCGAUCUAUCUCUGUGGUGACGCUGGCAAUGACCAGCAGAAGUGCUUCGACUACCAGUGCUGCUGGCAGACUCAGGUGAACUGGGGAUUCAACUACAAUGGAGACGGUGUUUGCGUCUCGUACGAGCCGACCUCCAUCUGUAAUAUUUCCGCAGCCGACCGUGUCGCGAUCGGCUAUCCGCAGAUCACUCCGGCAGAGUGUCUGCAGCAGGGUGGCUGCUGGAAUCCCCUUCCACCGACGGAGGUCGGGCCCUGGUGCUAUGCUCCAGUGGGCUACUCGCCUCCACCGCAGCAGCAACUUCCCAAUGUGAGCUGUAAUGUUGGCGACUACAAGGUUCCAUGCUACUCCGGCUGGAAUAACAUGAACCAGCUGGAUUGCGAGGCACAGGGCUGCUGCUGGGAGCAGAACCCGAACCUGACAUAUGAGGAUUCUAUCCCGAGCAGUCAGUCUCUGCAGAAGCAGCAGAAGGUGAAUUUCUUCGGCAACAGCUACGGCUUCUGCUAUCAACCGCUCAUGACCUGCAACGUCACCUAUCGGGAGCGCCAGAACUGCGGUUUCCCAGGCAUUUCUGAGCAACAGUGCUUGGAGCGUAACUGCUGCUUCGAUCCCAUAUUGCUGCCUCCGUACCUCCAGCAAAAGUAUCAGACUCAGGAUAUUCCAUGGUGCUACUACAAGAAUCCGGUGGUCAACUUUCCCAGCGGAUGGAACGCAACUGCUGUCUUUGGGCCGUUCAACUACAACAAGAGUUAUUACAAGAAGUACUACCCGAAGCAGCAGGUGCAGCCGUUCAACCCUUACAGCCAGAACUCUGGCCAGCAGCAGCCGGUUCAAACUGAGCUGGAGCCGUCUUCAGGAAGCAGCAGCAGCAGCAGCAGCAGCAGCGGUGGCAUCGUCGUUACCGGCAGCAGCGGCAGCAGCGGCAGCAGCGGCAGCAGCGGUGGCAUCGUCGUUACCGGCAGCAGCGGCAGCUCAUACGGAUCUUCCUCGAGUGGAUCGACGACCUCUACAGAUGGAACGACGGUAGUGGGUCCAGUCGCCUCUCCGAUGGCGAGCUCUGGCCCCUCCACCGUGGUGGUGGGCAGCGGCACCGGCUCCAGACUGGUGAUGCAAGAAGCUGCUGCGAUGAUGCAUUAG